GUAAUGACAAAUGUUUUUCAAAUGGUAUCCAUUGAUGUAUAUACAUAACAUACAUCAGAGAGAUCAAUAUAUAUGAUAUCAAUAAAUAUAUCUUUCUAAUCGCAAGCAAUUCAAUCGCAUAUUACAUUUAAUUUAUAUUUCUAGAAUGAUUUGAUUUGAUUUAUUUUGAUAAAUUGCGGUUUCAUUCAUCGUAAUCACGGAAUUAUAUAACAGGAACGCGCAAUAACACCGGUGGCUUAUUUGCGAACGCUUGUAGUUGCGAAUCUGUGGCGUAUACAAAUUAUAAGGAUUGCACUCGUCAGUUGCACUCGAUCUACAUGAGUCAGCUGUUGAGCCGUGUUGUUUCCGUUAACGGAGGACGGUCGACAUUCAGUUGUUUUUCACGAAGCUUUCACGUAUCAGCACGAAAAAUGGUUAUUGCUGUUGGAGAUAAAUUACCCAGUGUGGAUCUGUUUGAGAACACACCAUCGGAAAAGGUAAACCUAGCACAAGUUGCAGCUCAGAAGAAAAUCAUAAUAUUUGGUGUGCCAGGUGCAUUUACACCUGGUUGCUCAAAGACUCAUUUGCCUGGUUAUGUUACAAAAGCAGAUGAACUGAAGUCUAAGGGAAUUUCUGAGAUUUUUUGUAUCAGUGUCAACGAUCCAUUUGUUAUGGCAGCCUGGGGUAAAGAACAUGGUGCAACAGGAAAAGUACGGAUGUUAGCUGAUCCUAAAUCAGAAUUUACAGAUGCUAUGGAUCUUGGUGUGGAUCUAGCAGUUUUAGGAGGCAAACGCAGCAAACGUUAUUCAAUGAUUGUUGAAAACGGGACUGUAAAAGAGCUUAAUGUUGAACCAGAUAACACUGGUCUAUCCUGCUCCUUAGCAGAUCGCAUCAAAGUUUAAAGUAGGCUUAACAUGUCUUUUUCUUUCAUAUUUUUCAUCAUAAGUAUUGUUCAUAUAUACAAUACUUUUAAUUCCUUAAUCUUAGCAAUUCCGCUUUUAAAAUAAAGUUGUGAUAUAUUGCUUUUAGUUAUUUAAAUAAUUAUGUUACAAUAAAAAUAUUUCUACAUGUGUUUCUACAAUAUUUUACUUUAAUUGUAACAUAUUGUGAAGAUACUAAAAAAUUUGACAAACGUAAAUGCUACUUAGAUCUAACAAAUUCAAACAACCAUCCACGUCAUUUUUUAUGAAGAAAAUUUAUUGAAGUUUAUUAUUCAUUGUGUGUAUAUGACAUAGACAUGAGAAAAUUGCUGUAUCGAAUCAAUAGAAAUGUUAAAAAGAGA